ACUCAUGGAGGGACCAACUAUUGUUCUGCUGCUUCUUCUGGGUUUUAUAUCCAGCAGUUAUAACUGGACAUUGUCUGAGGUGAGAGUCAGACCUGGAGAGAACAUCACCCUCUAUUGUGACUGUAAAACGUCGACUGGAGUAUACAUAGUGUGGUUCAGGAACUGUUCUCAUGAGAACCAACCUACUCUUGUUCUCAAAGUGUUAGAGAUUACUAGGAAAAAGCACACCAGUGAACUUCUGAAUCCUCUUCAGUUUGAACUAGUGAACAACAGUACCUCAGAGUCCUAUGACCUGAUGAUAAUAAAUGUCACUGAAACUGAUGAGGGCCUCUACUACUGUGGAAAAGAAAUAAGAAAGGUGGAGGAUAAGAAUGAACAAAUGGGUAGCACAUAUACUUACACAUAUGGAAACAUCACAAGGCUCAGAAUCGAUUCCCAUGAACCUCUUCCUGACUUCAACCAGACUCAGCAGGGCUGUGAUGUUUGCUGGAAGCUGUUCUACAUUUGGUGUCCAGCCGUUUCUGUCCUGUCCGCUUGCUUCUCCUCUCUUUUGGUGUGUCUGCUUUUGCAGAAAACAGCAGUAAAUACACCCCACAAGGAUUUAAAGAUAAGCAAUACAAAAAGUCCAAGAGAAGCAACACAGGAUGAAGACGUGUGUUACGCUGCUCUGGAAGUCCAUCAGGCAUCACACAGAUCCAUGAGGACGAGGACCCAGAGAUCAGACUUCAGCACAUAUUCUGCCAUCAAGACCUCUCAGGUGUAGAAAAGAUGGAAUUUAAGAGACAGAUGUGACGUUAAUCAGAACUUCUCAUAAUGUGUCAUUUAGCCUGACAUUUUGCUGUUGGAACAUAGAUCAAAGGGAAAUGUGCUCUCAGUUCCUUUUCAGUAUAAAGUUGCUCUGCUUUUGAUUUGAUAAGCAAAAGUUAAACAUCCUUUGUUGUUGCUGUAGGUUUUUUAAUGUCUGAAACUGUUUUCAAAGUGCUAAUUAUUCAUGAAACUGUAUGACAUACAUAUGUACUGUAAAGGCCAUUUAUGCUCAACGCAGAAGACAGAUAUGGAGAUGAUGACAAGAUGCAAAACCUGCUAACUCUUCUACGAAGUGUCUCACUGUGGCUGACCACAUACAGUAAGAUUCACCCUCUUGUUUUUGUGUAAGUGUUGCUGAUACCUUUUAAAAAACUUAUCUGUCUGCCUCACACAACUCUUUUUUGCUGAAUGCAUCUUUCUUUGUAGGACAUCUUUGCACUAAAGAAUAAAAUAUGACUAAUAUUAGAAAAUGAAUAAAUGAAAUUUAAUAAAUACCGCUGUUGGGCACAUUACAUACUUUUCUUACAUUACUUUGAAAAAAAAAGUAAUCAAUUUUAGCUACUAGUUACUUUUACCAAAUAUUAACUGAGUUACCAACAGUUACAGUAUUCAAAAAAAAAAAAAAAUUAUUCAGGAAAGCAAUUAUUCUGUUACUUUUUGUUUAAAUAUGUUCCCUUUAAUGGAACAUCAAAUUAA